AUGUCACUGGUGACAGGACAGCAUUGUUCUCCCUCCCACCCCCCUCACCUCACAAGCCCCAUCACCAUGGGAACAGAACCAGCCAAUCAGAACACAGAGUUUUCAAAGGGCAGCCUUAUAUACAGAGUCACCUCUCCCCAGACAGGCCACAAUAAACAUUCAGAGGCCUCAGGUCCCCUCCCCCUGGAUAAACCACUUCAGCUGCCCCCCAUUUUCCUUGAGGGAGAAAAAGGGGAAUCCUCUGUCCAGAAUGCCCAGGAAGGAGAGCCAAGCCUACAGUCACCCAGCUUAGCGCCCCGGCCCCCCGCGUGGCCACGCAGUGCAGGAGCAGCUCAGGAGCCGAGGACAGUGUCCGGCAGCAAUCUCAGCAUCACCCAGAGCAGAGAGAGGCAUGUGUCCAGCGUGCAGCACCCCCGGCCAGAGGACUGCAGCAAUGGCAGCCUGAGCAGCGGGUAUGCAGGGGACAAGGAAGGCAGUGACAUCAGCUUAGUGGGCAGCCACCGGAGGGUGCAAUUGAAAAGAAGGCUCAACACCCCCACACCCAGCACCCAAAUAGGCCAGCUGGGCUCCACAGACUCUCUCAGCUGUCUAAAGAGCCGGCUGACUGGCCCCACCCACAGCACCAAGCAGACUGGAGGGCAAGAGGGAGGCCAGCCUGUCCAGCACCAGCUUCAUCAGCUUGGGCAGCAGUGCCCUCACCUACCAGGUGAGCAGCGGGCUGCUGACUUCCACGGCCAGCCUGCCCUCCACCAAGGCCAGCAGCCGUCAGAGCGUCGGGCUGGAGGGCAGUGCCCAAAACGGGCAGAGCAGCCACACCAGUGUGCAGGAGGACAAGACAAGCAGCAACAUGAAAAGCAGUGAGCAAGUCACCAAGGGUGAACAGCCUGCCCAGGCGUGCGUGCCACAGUGAGCAUCUUCUCCAGCAGCCAGGGCCUCUCGGAAAGCAGCACAUGGCCUGGAGAACCCAGACUGCACCCAAAGUGGUUAUUCCCAAAACAAGGAGGAAAGGUCUUUUCAAAAGCGCACACUGACUGUGUGGACCAUCGAUGGGCAGUCCCAUCUGUAGCAACAAGCGUCAGCAGGCAGGCCACAUGUAACAGGAAGGAUCUAUGCUGACCCCUGUCUAUCCUGGGAAUGCAGUCAGUGAGGAGACUGCCUAUACUGAGAACCACUCUUGAUAGAAGAGCUGUAGUAUCAAGAUACCAAGACUGUGAACCUCAGUGACGAGCCAUCUACAACAAGAUCCAUCAAUGGCAAAACCAUCUGUAGUCAGCAGCAUCCUGGUGGGACCCCCUGUACCAAAACUCAUUGGUGACGACAGCUGUUCUCAAUGGCAAACACUGAUGAUAUUAAGAACUGUCACAAGUUAGAACCUUCCGUGAUGAAACCAUCCUAAAUGAUGAACACCAUCUACAACCAACACCAAGCACGACGAGCUCAGAAGAAACAAGCUUCAGCUGUGGUUGGGACUGUCCAUAUAAGAACCAUCCGCCAUGAGCGCCAUGCUUGGGAGCCACAUCUAAGGGAAACUCGGUCCUGGCCGAUCUCUGCAGCACACGCUGUCCACCAUGGCCACUGCCGGCAGAAGCACUAGGGAGACAGCCAUGGUACUCAGGGAGCACCUUCACGACUCUCAGCUUCCCCUGGAAGCACAGCCCAAGUGACUGUUACCAGGGAAGGGCCAUCAGGAAUGGCCAGGGAUGCCACCAGCCCACGAGGAGCAGGUGUAGUGGGAACAUUAGAGGGUUGGUGUAAAGGGAGCUCCAUCCCUGAAGAUCACCAGUCUUUUUUUUGAGCACCAACUCUGGGCAGCUUCAGCCCAGAAUCUUCCCAGGAGCAAGGGCUUCCUGAUACCUCAUUCAUGUCAAGAAAGGAGGCCAGGAGCCAUCCUAUGUUCAGAUAGCUGAGACAGUGACUGUGAUCGCAGGACAAUGUCAUGACAAGCACUUCAUGUUGACAGAGCCCAACCCAGCCAAGAACAGCUGCCACAGGGAAGCUCUGAAGCCUUCUGUGAGCAGCGUCUCAGUGGAUGGGAAGGCCAAAGUCUCUGCCCCUCUCUUACUGGGGACACUAAAUCCCCUCCCCGGGCUGACCUCACAGACAUUGAAGUGAGUGUGUCCACAAAGGAAAAGAGGCCAGAGGCCACCAUGAAGAUGUCCACUGGGUACCAGAAGGAAAGCUGAGGGGGCAACAAAGACAAUAAAAGGCGUCUGGAGAGGUCA